AUGGGUUCAAUAGGCUCGAACUUACCACCAGCAUCCUCGCCCAGCCUUAUUGUGACGAAAGCUACCCCAGACGAGCUCAGGCGAAUCUGGAUCUCAACGUACAACAACUGGGGCCGUGCACUCUCUGUGGCCGACUAUGUCGAGCGAGAGCGUUACAUCACGACCAUACCAGGCUCUAGCGAGGGCCGCAUGACUAGCUGGGUUCUCGUGGAAGCGGACAAAUCACCAGAGGAGCGGCAAGUGCUUUCAUCCUGCGACACAUGGCGUAAGCCUGCGGUGGCCGUCUUGCCCGGUGGCAAGCACAUUGAGGAUGGCAUUGCACAUGUUAUUGGAGGGGUCUUCACAGCACCCGAGUUCCGGGGCAAGGGAUAUGCGAGCAGGAUGAUGACCGAGGUUGGCAAGAUCCUCAAAACGUACCAGGCCGACCAGGUCAGUCACAGCCACGGCGGCAAGACGCUCAGGCAGACAAGCGGGAGAGGAGCUUCAGAGAUCAACGGGCAUGGAAAGUCCCCGGUCCUUUUCUCGGCGCUGUACUCGGACAUCGGCAAAGGCUUCUAUGCCAAGCACGGGUGGCGUCCGUACCCCAGCACCCACAUAUCGUGGACACCGACACACAUAAAGGCGGCGCCGUCCACCAACGGCGACGUUUCACGCGAGAGCCGCCACCAGGUCCGGGCACUCGAGGAGACGGAGCUUCCAGAGCUCUGUGCCAUCGACGAGCGGCUCAUCCGCGCGCGGCUCCCCGCCGAGGCGGCGCGGACGGGCCGGCCGGCGGUGGCCAUCAUCCCCUGCCUGGACAAUGUGCAAUGGCACCUCCGGCGCGAGGCCUACGUGACGUCGCACAUGUACGCGGACGGGCGCGUGCCGUCGAUCCGGGGUGCCGUGUGGGGCCCUCCCGGCGGCCGGCUGUGGGCCUACUGGAUGCGCGGCUACUACGGCGCCGUGGAGCACAACACGCUCAACGUGCUGCGGGUCGUGGUCGAGAACCCGGACGAGGCGCGCGUCGAGGACCUGAUCGAGGGCUUCCGCGGGAUCGUGGAGCUGGCGCGCGCCGAGGCCGGCAGGUGGGACAUGGGCGACGUGCAGUUCUGGAACCCCGAGGGCCUGGUCAAGGAGCUGGUACAGAGGUGCGGAGUCGACUACAGGGUGGUGCACAGGGAGGAGGAGAGCAUUGCCAGUCUGAUGUGGUACGGUGAGGGUGGGGAGGAUAGGGAGGUUGAGUGGAUUGUCAAUGAGAAGAUUGCUUGGUGCUGA